UUCCUUCUUCCCGUGGAUCCCGACUCCGAAGCCAGCUUUGCGAUCCUUCCACGUGAAUGAGUCAAACUUUUCCUUGUCAUCUGUGGAAUGCGACUGCGUAUUGCAGUAGUUUCUUUUAUCCUUUGAGUGAGCGAUUUCCCUGAAAUGCCGAACGUUUGUUUCGUCAAGACGUGCCGCCAUCAAACUGGGAAGAACGUUCGCAAGGGCUUGCGAUUCUUCUCUUUGCCGGAGAAAGAACCACGAAGGACUGCGUGGUUACGCUGCGCCGGGCGAGGGCACGACAUUGAGAACCUGCCUCUCAUUCCCCGUUUUUGUGCCGAACAUUUCGAGCCGACUGCUUUCCGAAAGGACGACCUGCGUCGUUCCCGUCUUCGAUCAGAUGCUGUGCCGACGCUUCUGCUUCCCGUCGCCGAUGAGACCGACGAUCCUCCCCCAAAGCGCCAAAAAGUCGUGACUCAGGCCUCGGCAACUGGACUGCCUGCACCCUGCGAGGCAGAAAUGACCCUCAGGGACUGUACUGCUGAAACAAACAUCCCUGCAGUGGUGCCACCUGUCCCUGUCGCAGACGUGCCUGCACAGUCGCAUCCACCCGAGUCUGCCUUCUCCACUUGUAGCAGUGGGGUGCCAUAUGAAUGCACAUCUCCUGUUCCCAGCAACAUGCCAGACUCUGACGCAACCUACUCUCCGUCUCACAGCGAGGAUUACGAGAGAAUCGAGCAUGGUGCAUCAGCUCCACCACCACCACCAGAAGAAGAGCGCCAGUUUCUGGUGUUCGAGAGCUGCCUAAGGGAGCUUUUCAAGACGUGCCAAGAGUGCUCAAGACUGUGCCAAACAACGAUCGAAACUACCGGCACACUGAUCACAGUCUACAGCAUCUGCCCUGUGGAGCACGUGCGCACAUGGAAAAGCCAGCCCAUCGUCAACGGCAGACCAGCAGGGAACAUACUGCUGACCAGCCACCUGGUCUUCUCUGGAGUGAAGAUUGCCCCUACGCUGCGGAUGCUACGCCAUAUGAACGUGCAGGUCAUCUCCGACUCGAGCUUCUACGAGCAUCGGAAGGCCUUCGCUCUACCUGCAAUCCACAAGGUCUGGCUGCAAGAGCAACAAGAACUUCUCAACGAGUUGCAGAACAAAGAGGUGGACAUCUCUGCUGACGGGAGAUUUGACUCCCCUGGGUUCUGUGCCAAGUACCUGACGUACACAGUCCACGUCGAGCAAAUCAACAAGAUUCUACACUCUGUCCAGGUCCAGCUAAAAGAGUCUGAACAGGCCAUGGCCAGUGUCAACAUGGAGAAGGAGGGCCUCCUCAAGCAGCUGCAAUUCUUCAAGGAGAAAGGUAUCAAGAUCCGAUCGUUGGUGACUGACCGUCACCCUGCCACACGAAAGCACAUGAAGACGCACGAACCCGGGAUUGACCACUUCUUUGACAUAUGGCACAUCUCCAAAAGUGUGAAAAAGAAGCUGACAGCAGCAAGCAAACGGGCUGGAUGCCAAGACCUGCAAAUCUGGAUCCAGACAGCUACAAACCAUAUGUACUGGUCAGCAAGGGCUGCAGGAGGCGACGAGAAGCUGCUCAUCGACAUCUGGCUCAGCAUGCACAACCAUGUCAUCAACAAACACUCGGGGCACGAAGGAGCCUAUGGAAGGUGCCUCCAUGGUGACAUGCCAGAGCCAACACGACCAUGGAUGGAUCCCAACUCGCAGGCCUACAACCAAUUCAAGAGCAUCACUGGCAACAAACUGCUCCUGAAGGACCUUGCACAGAUGUCUCCACAUGGCCAGACAUAUGCUUUGGAGGCGUUCCACAGCGUCCUGAUAGACUUCGCCCCGAAGUCCCAGGCUUUCAGCCCAGAAGGCAUGCUUGCAAAGACUCGACUUGCAAUCCUCCAUUUCAACGAAAACUCAAACCGCUGCCAAGCCGUCACACGAGAGGGCAAGCCACGUUGGUCGGUCGUAACAUCAAAAGCACGAAAGGGCCACCACACAGCACGACCAGAGAUUACGGAUCCCACUUACAGUUUGAAUUCUAGAGUAUGUUGGAAAGCUCAUCAAGGAGGCAAUGGAGAGCAGCAAACAGUGGCGGUCCCUGGCUGCUGCAUCGAGGGCCAACACCGUCGUCUUCCCGGCACCGAUGACUGCAGCCUACACAAGGCCUCCAAAAGAGGAACUCGUGGCAGCACGAAUGUCCAGGUUCGGCCACAGUCCCCAGUAACGGCAUCAAAUCCCUGGUCGGGACUUCCAUGCUGCCGCAGGACGUACGGCGAAUGCAAGCAGACAGACCCAAGAGAAAACAGCCGAGCUGCAAAAUGGUUCACCAUUUUCCAUUAGGACACCCUGACCGACAGGCCUAAUCAAGCUGGUCAUGGCAUGCCUAUCUCAAAAGAGGGCAAGGAACUUUAGCCGGUGGCGAUGUCGGACUCACAGAAAAGUCACCAAACAGCGAGACUCAAGGCUACAGCUCAACUUGCGGUGAGGACGACACUAACUUCAGUGUGAACGCCCAUCUAGCCCAACUUGGAAUGUCUAGGAAUGUAAUUAUGCAAGUCUGAAUUUUCACUGUUGGCUGGAAAGUCUGUCAACGAGGUGGACAGCAGCAGGAAGCAAAGACCUGGUUCUAUCUUUCAUGCUGCCAGUGAACGUACGGCGAAUGCAAGCAGACAGACCCAAGAGAAAACAGCCGAGCUGCAAAAUAGAUCAUUGUUUUCCGUUAGGACACCCUGACCGACAGGCCACGAUCAAGCGUAAUGGAGAGAUGCAAGCAUUGGCACCUGCCCUCUCAAGCCGGAUUUUUCAAGCCCAGCAUGGUGCACCUCUAUUGUUGGCACAUCAGUGCCAACAGUAGAGGCAUUAGGAGAUGAGGACAGGCCAGUGCUAUAAUUCUUCCCAGUCCAUUAGCUGUAAUUAGGGUUCUGCGUUCUCAGAUAAACCUGAUAAACUCCAAAAAACACUAGCCGUUAAAAUUUUGCUGAUUCAGAUUCAUUUGAAAAACUCAAUUUUUCGGUCCCCCACCAGUCUUUAUAUUUCCCGGAAUCUUCGAACAAUUUUUGCAAUUCUCCUCUUAUUGCAGUGUCAACUUCCGUUGCCAUGUAGCCCCUUAUAAUAAAAAUGAGGUAGGCCCUCUACGACAGUAGAUGAAUACGGCGCUCUCAUAUGAAAAUACUGCUUUACUAAAUUCACAAAGUGCUGUUUUCUACCUUUCAUUUGCCUCAUCGAAAAUGCCGAAAGACUCCGAACUUUGCGUACAUAAAUGGAAGCUCCAAAUUGAUGGUUCAAAAAAACAAAGCAAAAAAAAACACCCUCUAAUUUUGCUAAAAAAAAAAAUUAAAUUCAAGAACGCAGGAUCCUAGCUAUAAUUUGUGCAAGCUUUCAAGAUCGAGGAAAUCGGUGACCGUAUUGUCAUAUUCAUUGUGGGCACACCACAAUGAAGGCGGAUCAAGUGCUAUUUUGAAUAGCAUGUAGUUCUGCACCAGAGAUCCCAUCCCCAGUUCACAAGCUUAGCCCAUCGCAGCAGUUUUAGAAAAUUAAGUAUUUUCGGAACCCAACCGACACUUUUCUGAAGACUGUAACACAAUGCCUUAUCCAUCUUUCUUUUCAUGUGCUGAUGAGCGGACAUGCUGUGGAGACUGCACCGAGGCGGGGCAGCCCGCCCGUGUUUCCAAUAAAUGGGGUUUUCAUCCAGGAGGUAGGCUGGUAAUGCAGCAAUAACAUAAGUGGGGUGGUUGCAUAUAACACUGGAAAUAUUAACAGAAGUUUUUUAUGGCAAUUUAAAAACAGUGCUGCAUUUUCCAGUCUACACCACGGUUUUCCCCCCGUCUGCAA